CUCACGAGGCAUUAUGGGACAGUAAUGGACGCUUUGAAGGUGUGGGUUUGUGCUCUCUAAGGCUGUCUGAGCAAGUAUUGGAGGCACCGCAGCCCCCGAAUUUGGGACCGAAGGUCCCGUGUGCCGGUCUCGGGGAGGCACUUCCCAGAGUCUACCAUGGAGGAUUCGAGCGAGGACACCUCGAUCCAUCGGUUGGAGGGCACUGACCUGGAUUCUCAGGUUGGUGGUCUCAUUUGUAAGACCAAGAGCGCAGCUAAUGAGCAGCACGUCUUCAAGGCUCCAGCUCCCCGCCCUUCCUUGCUCGGCCUAGACUUGCUGGCUUCUCUGAAACGGAGGGAGCGAGAGGAGAAGGAAGAAGCGGAGGACAAGAAGAAGUCCAGAGUCUCCUCCUACAAGGACUGGGAAGAGAGCAAGGAUGACCAGAAGGACAUGGAGGAGGAUGGCAGUGAGCAGUCUGGCCGAAGUGGCCGGACUGACAGGCAUUAUCGAUUGGCCCGAGUAGAGACCCCCUCGCAUCCUGGUGGUGUGAGUGAAGAGUUUUGGGAGCGCAGUCGGCAGAGAGAGCGAGAGCGGCGGGAACACGGGGUCUAUGCUUCCUCCAAAGAAGAAAAGGAGCGGAAGAAGGCGAGGUCGCGUGAUCGAGAUGGGGAGCGCAAGAGAGACAGAGAUGAGCGGGACAGAAGCCGCCACAGCAGCAGGUCAGAGCGGGAAGGUGGGUCAGAGCGCAGCAGCCGAAGAAGUGAGCCCGAGAGCCCGCGACAUCGACCUAAAGAUGCCAGCACCCCGUCAAGGUCCACCUGGGAGGAGGAGGAGAGCGGCUACAGUUCCUCCCGGCGUUCGCAGUGGGAAUCACCCUCACCAGCACCUUCCUAUCGGGACUCAGAGCGGGGCCACCGGCCAUCUAGCCGAGAUAGGUCUGUGCGGAGUAAAUACUCAGAUGACACUCCCCUGCCAACCCCGUCCUAUAAGUACAACGAGUGGGCUGAUGACAGAAGGCACCUGGGCUCCACCCCGCGGCUAUCCAGGGGUCGAGGACGACGUGAGGAUGGUGAGGACGGGAUUUCCUUUGACACCGAAGAGGAGCGACAGCAAUGGGAGGAUGAUCAGAGGCAAGCUGACCGUGAUUGGUACAUGAUGGAUGAAGGUUACGAUGAGUUCCACAAUCCCCUGGCCUACUCCUCUGAGGACUAUGUAAGGCGACGGGAGCAGCACUUGCAUAAGCAGAAGCAGAAGCGCAUUUCUGCCCAGCGGAGACAGAUCAAUGAGGAUAAUGAACGCUGGGAGACCAACCGCAUGCUCACCAGUGGGGUGGUCCACCGGCUGGAGGUGGACGAGGACUUUGAGGAAGACAGUGCGGCCAAGGUGCAUCUAAUGGUGCACAAUCUGGUGCCUCCCUUCCUGGAUGGGCGCAUUGUCUUCACCAAGCAGCCUGAGCCUGUGAUUCCUGUCAAAGAUGCCACCUCUGACCUGGCCAUCAUUGCUCGUAAAGGCAGCCAGACUGUGCGCAAGCACCGGGAACAGAAGGAGCGCAAGAAGGCUCAGCACAAACACUGGGAACUGGCUGGAACCAAGCUGGGAGACCUCAUGGGUGUGAAGAAAGAGGAGGAGCCUGAUAAAGCACUAACGGAAGACGGGAAGGUGGACUACAAAACGGAGCAGAAGUUCGCAGAUCACAUGAAGAAGAAGAGUGAGGCCAGUAGCGAGUUUGCCAAGAAGAAGUCUAUCCUGGAGCAGCGGCAAUACCUGCCCAUCUUCGCAGUGCAGCAGGAGCUGCUCACCAUUAUCAGAGACAACAGCAUCGUGAUCGUGGUUGGUGAGACAGGGAGCGGGAAGACCACGCAGCUGACGCAGUACCUGCACGAGGACGGCUACACGGACUACGGCAUGAUCGGGUGCACACAACCACGACGUGUGGCUGCCAUGUCCGUGGCCAAGAGAGUCAGUGAGGAGAUGGGGGGCAGCCUUGGCGAGGAGGUGGGGUACGCCAUCCGUUUCGAGGACUGCACGUCGGAAAACACCUUGAUCAAGUACAUGACAGAUGGUAUCUUGUUGCGGGAAUCGCUUCGGGAGGCCGACCUGGACCACUAUAGCGCCAUCAUCAUGGACGAGGCCCAUGAGCGCUCGCUCAACACUGACGUGCUCUUUGGGCUGCUACGUGAGGUGGUGGCUCGGCGCUCAGACCUGAAGCUCAUCGUCACCUCGGCCACCAUGGAUGCUGAUAAGUUUGCAGCCUUCUUUGGGAAUGUCCCCAUCUUCCACAUUCCGGGCCGUACCUUCCCUGUGGACAUUCUCUUUAGCAAGACCCCGCAGGAGGACUACGUGGAGGCAGCAGUGAAACAGUCCUUGCAGGUACACCUGUCAGGCGCUCCUGGGGACAUCCUUAUCUUCAUGCCUGGCCAGGAGGACAUUGAGGUGACCUCGGACCAGAUUGUGGAACACUUGGAAGAGCUGGAGAAUGCGCCCGCCCUUGCUGUGCUGCCUAUCUAUUCCCAGUUGCCCUCUGACCUCCAGGCCAAAAUUUUCCAGAAGGCUCCAGAUGGCGUCCGCAAGUGCAUCGUUGCCACCAAUAUUGCCGAGACGUCUCUGACGGUGGACGGCAUCAUGUUCGUGAUCGACUCUGGUUAUUGUAAAUUAAAGGUCUUCAACCCCAGGAUCGGCAUGGACGCACUGCAGAUCUACCCCAUCAGUCAGGCCAAUGCCAACCAGAGGUCAGGGCGAGCCGGCAGGACGGGCCCAGGUCAGUGCUUCAGGCUGUACACCCAGAGUGCCUACAAGAACGAGCUGCUCACCACGACAGUACCUGAGAUCCAGCGGACCAACCUGGCCAAUGUGGUGCUGCUGCUCAAGUCUUUGGGGGUGCAGGACCUACUGCAGUUCCACUUCAUGGACCCACCACCCGAGGACAACAUGCUCAACUCCAUGUACCAGCUCUGGAUCCUGGGUGCCCUGGACAACACAGGCGGCCUGACCUCGACGGGACGGCUGAUGGUGGAAUUCCCAUUGGACCCAGCCCUGUCCAAGAUGCUCAUCGUCUCCUGCGACAUGGGCUGCAGCUCUGAGACACUGCUCAUCGUGUCCAUGCUCUCAGUCCCUGCCAUCUUCUACCGGCCCAAGGGCCGAGAGGAGGAGAGUGACCAGAUCCGUGAAAAGUUUGCUGUGCCUGAGAGCGACCACCUGACCUACCUGAAUGUCUACCUGCAAUGGAAGAACAACAACUACUCCACCAUCUGGUGUAAUGACCACUUCAUCCAUGCCAAGGCCAUGCGGAAGGUCAGGGAGGUGCGCGCGCAGCUGAAGGACAUCAUGGUGCAGCAGCGCAUGAGCCUGGCCUCGUGUGGCACUGACUGGGACAUCGUACGCAAGUGCAUCUGUGCCGCAUACUUCCACCAGGCUGCCAAACUCAAGGGGAUUGGGGAGUAUGUGAACGUCCGAACGGGGAUGCCCUGCCACUUGCACCCCACUAGCUCCCUCUUUGGAAUGGGUUAUACCCCAGACUACAUCGUGUAUCACGAGCUGGUCAUGACCACUAAGGAGUACAUGCAGUGUGUGACCGCUGUGGAUGGAGAGUGGCUUGCAGAGCUGGGGCCCAUGUUCUACAGUGUGAAGCAGGCAGGAAAGUCACGGCAGGAGAACCGCCGACGGGCCAAGGAAGAGGCAUCUGCCAUGGAAGAGGAGAUGGCGCUGGCCGAGGAGCAGCUACGAGCCCGGCGGCUGGAGCAGGAGAAGCGCAGCCCCCUGGGCAGUGUUCGGUCUACCAGGAUCUAUACUCCUGGCCGGAAAGAACAGGGGGAGCCAAUGACCCCUCGCCGCACACCGGCCCGCUUUGGCCUCUGAGCUGACACUGGGCUUGCAGAGGAGGGACCCUGUGGCUGCAGCAUCCCAGAGCUGUCCGGCAAACCCUUCCAUGUGUCCUACCCUGGCACGUCAAGCUUCCAGGGGACAUGCCUCCUGGGCUAGGCCUUCUCGGUGCGGGCACUGGAAGGAACGAGUGCAGAAUGGUCCAGAAGCCGCCCAAGCACCCAGAGGUGCUGAACUGCAGCCCAUGGCAGCCAGCACCAUCCACGGGACAUGGGGUGUCAGAGACUUGGCCAGGAUGCUGUUUUUUAAAAUGAAAUCUUGUGUAAAGCAACAAAAUAGCUUUAAAGAGGGAAUUUUAAUUUGAUUAUAAUUCAGGGUUUGGAAAUAAAUUUAUUGUUUAUAAAAA